UCAUGACCACUCAUAAAGCUCGCUUUCGAACGAUCGUGUAAUACAGAGUCGGGCGAAACGUUCGGUAGCGGUCUUUUGUAAAUCUUGUCGCUCGUCGAGCCGCGAAAGAAGAACACAUCGAACGCGUAGACUGUCGAAGUUCGCGCCGAGGAACGCUUGGCCGGAAAUUCUCGUUGCUCUUUCUCGUAAUCGAUACCGAUUCACCCCACGGAGGAUCCAUGUGUAUCUGAUCUAUCUUUGGGAUCUAUGUCGAAUGUUCAGCACGCGUAGAUCGAUCGUUGCUGGCGGUACGGUCGGAUAACAUCGAAGAUCGAGAGAGAGAGAAGCCGAUUAGAAUUAGAAUUAGAACUUGGUCGGCAAACAUGAGAACGUUCGUCGCAGCAUGGACGGUUUUCUCGUUAAUGAAGCUCUCGUGCGCUGGGAAAUCGGUGGAUGUCUUGGCGUCCAGUGGACUGAACGCUUUGAAAGACGAAGAGAUUAUUCGAGUUUUGUCGCGCAACGAGACCGCCAUGGUGAACAAUUUCACGUUGAUCGAGCUGAUCGACAACCUGAGGAACCACACGAUCGAGACGGGCAAAGACACUUGGCAGACACCUGUGAUGCUCGAGGCUAGCGAGAGCAAUCCUUUUUACGAUGACUUUUCUGAAGAAAUCGACCGUGAAGCUAGAAGAUUACUGCAAAUUCUUCCUGCUUACAACCCGGGUGCUGGACGGGUAAGCCCGCAAUGCAAAAGGCACGCCGACAUAUUUCAUCGAGAGCUAGCUAAAUUCACUCUGUGGGCCCUCAAAAUGUACGACGCAACAGCCAAAAUGCCGUCUGGACUUCUUAACGGAAAUGUAAAUCAAUUUGGCGACUUCGACGAAUGCCUCGGGAUACAAGGAACCGAAGGUAUUCAGGGACAAUAUUGUCUAGCGUAUCUGCACCUGAGCAUCGACGAAUCGCGGUUAGACCUCAAGCACCUUCACCGCCUUCUCCACUCUCACUAUGCGUUUAGAAGCAACAUUACCGAUCCUGGGCACCGCGUGCCACGGUAUACUAUAAUAAAUUGGGGAGUGUGCGCUCCGUCAUCGUGCAGUUUUAAAGACGUCGAAGCAUCUAUUCGCGACGUCCUCGCGAGGUAUAGUUCGCAAACUGGUAUCAAAAUUACGGUGAAGGUGAACGAGGAGAUGUGUCAGGUGAAAAGGAAAGAUAUCGUUCCAAUGGGAACCACGUAUGCGAGUUUAUUUUUUACGACUAUGUUCGCAUUAACGAUCGUAGCAGCGUACUAUGAUCACUACGAGAUACCCGCUAGCGAACUACUUCUAUCGUUUUCCUUGAAACGUAACUUUAAGAAGCUUGUGUCGCUAGAGCGAGGGCAAAAUGAUAUAGCUACGCUUCAUGGUGUACGAGCUAUAAAUGCACUAAUGCUGCUUCUAUCUCACAAAUGCAUGGCUCUUUUUUUUAAUCCGUACACGAAUAGAACAGAAAUGACCGAGUUCCUUGGUAAACCAUGGACAGUAAUUGGAAGAGCUGCCAGUCUUUACACGGAUCCGUUUAUAAUGCUUUCUGGACUCUUAACGUCGUACUCCUUCGUCGGAAAAUUAAAGAGGACUGGCAACUUGAAUAUCAGAGACGAAUACCUAUCUCGUUUAAUCAGAUUAAUACCACCGUUAGCAGCACUGAUGCUGCUUUGUAUUUACGUGAUACCUUACACCGGGUCUGGACCACAAUGGAAUUUAGUGGUGAACGAACAUGCAAAUAUAUGCAAAAGAACAUGGUGGAGAAAUUUUCUAUUUAUUCAUAAUUACUUUGGAUUUGAAUCGAUAUGUCUUACCCACACGCAUCACUUAGGUAUAGACACUCAACUGUUUGUCCUUUCACCUCUAAUGGUACUGCUUCUUUUUAAAAAACCAAAAACUGGAUUCGUUGUUCUCAGUUUCUGUGCUUUAAUUUCGACAGCGCUACGAUAUUUUGUAACGUAUCAUAAACACUUAAAUAAUUAUGUGUUCUUCGGUACAUCAAUAAAACAAUUAUUCGAUACCGCGGAUUUUUCGUACACCCUACCGUCGCAUAGAUUAACAGUCUAUAUAAUAGGAAUAUUUAUGGGUUAUUUAUUAAGAUACAUGCCUAAAGAUUACAAAAUGAACAGGACAGCUUUAUACACCGGGUGGAUCCUAUGCACGAUAAUGUUUUGCUGUGCAUUUUUUGGCCCAGCACACAUGGGAUCUAUAGAUUACAUCUACAAUCCGAUGCAUGCAGCACUGUAUAAUGCAUUCGCUCCUAUUGGUUGGUGUGCUCUCUUUGCUUGGGUAACUGUGAUGCAUCAUAGUAAAAAUACAAAUGGCUGGUUCAGUCGACUUUUAGCAUGGAGGGGAUUUUUGAUCACUACAAGGCUGAGUUAUGCAUUAUAUUUAACACAAUUUCCGGUAUACUUUUAUAACGUUGGAAGAACCCGAAAUGCUGCAUAUUUUGAAUUCCUUAGCAUGCAAUUCAAUCUCAAUGAGAUUUUAUGUAUCAUUACUCUGUCGGUCACCCUCACGUUGCUCUUUGACACACCAUGCCAAAAUAUUAAAAAUUACUUGUUAAAGAAACGCGUCUCCGAAACUACAACAAAGACGAAAUUACAAUAACGCUCCCAGCGAACACAUUUAAUUUGACACCCAGUGAUUUAAGGUAUUGUAAAUAGUAUUUGAAAUGUUCAUUUUACUAUUAGUAAAAUUAAUUCCCGUGGCUUGCCCUCAUAUAUAAUGUAUAUGAUAGCUAAGGAAAGCUAUAUUUAUAUAAAUAUUGUCAUAUUAAG